UCGGCGGCGGCGGCGGCGGUAGCGGCGGCCGUGGCGCGGCAGACAUGGACAACGCGGGGAAGGAGCGAGAGGCGGUGCAGCUGAUGGCGGAGGCCGAGAAGCGAGUCAAGGCCUCCCACUCCUUCCUCCGAGGGCUGUUUGGAGGAAACACGAGAAUAGAAGAGGCUUGUGAAAUGUAUACCAGAGCUGCAAACAUGUUCAAGAUGGCAAAAAACUGGAGUGCUGCAGGAAAUGCUUUCUGUCAGGCGGCCAAGCUGCACAUGCAGCUGCAGAGCAAGCACGACUCUGCCACCAGCUUCGUGGACGCCGGGAACGCUUACAAAAAGGCAGACCCGCAAGAGGCUAUCAACUGCUUAAAUGCAGCCAUCGACAUUUACACAGACAUGGGAAGGUUCACCAUCGCAGCCAAGCACCACAUCACCAUUGCGGAGAUCUACGAGACGGAGCUAGUGGACAUCGAGAAGGCUAUCGCACAUUAUGAGCAGUCUGCUGACUAUUACAAAGGAGAAGAGUCCAAUAGCUCAGCUAACAAGUGUCUGCUGAAGGUGGCGGCGUACGCAGCGCAGCUGGAGCAGUACCAGAAGGCCAUCGAGAUUUACGAGCAGGUUGGGGCGAACACCAUGGAUAACCCUUUGCUGAAGUACAGUGCAAAGGAUUACUUCUUCAAAGCAGCCCUCUGUCACUUCAUAGUAGACGAGCUGAAUGCCAAGCUUGCUCUUGAGAAGUAUGAGGAAAUGUUUCCAGCAUUUACUGAUUCAAGAGAGUGUAAAUUAUUGAAAAAACUUCUAGAAGCUCAUGAAGAACAGAACAGUGAGGCCUACACUGAAGCGGUCAAGGAGUUUGACUCCAUAUCUCGCUUGGAUCAGUGGCUGACCACCAUGCUGCUUCGGAUCAAAAAGUCCAUCCAAGGCGAUGGAGAAGGAGAUGGCGACCUAAAGUGAAAUGUCUGUACCUUUGUGGCAUGCAGCUAAAUCCUUUUUAGUUUUGUCUUAGGGCCAAGUGAUCUUUAUGGGACGCCCAUUUAAUGGCUUCAUCUUGUUGCCUGUGAGCCCCACGAUCCGUGUCUGUCGGAGCUCGCCUGUCUGUUGCUGUGAAGUGGAUGAAGGGGAGGCUCCUGGUGGGCUUGUGCGUACGACUCACUGCGCCGUGCGUAGCAGCCCACCCAGAGCUCUCUGCAAAGGCUUCAGACUGACUCCCGUUCCAUCUGCAGUGUUGCUACGUCCAUGUCCUCCUCUGGGACUCGAGCACGCACACCAGUUCCAACACACACUUGGCAGAUUGUUUAAACAUUGGCAUCUGGCUGUAUUGUAUCAAUGUGAAUGUUUAGUUUAGGACAGUUACUAGGAAUGCGUUAGCAACCUCGCUAGAAGCCCUGCAUAUUUUUUUAUACUGUGAUGAUUUUGAUGGAUCUGGUGACAGGUCUCUUUGCUUUUGUGUUAUUUUGUGGGCUGAUGUGUGGGUGGUGAAAAGUUAGAACAGCUGGGAUCUGUUGGCAUCUUGGGUGGAAGGAGGCGCUUCCUGGCAGUGCUCUCCUGGUGUGCAGGUGGGUAUGGGGCAGGCUUGAUUGAUCUGUGGUGUCACACAAACAUAGGUGAUAUAGGGAAAUGCAGUUUUUCCUUUCUAUGGCAGUAGUUGCCACCUUCGUUGGGGUGGAAAUCCAUUUAUUAAACUGCGCUGAAAGUGUUUUGGUCAGCACACCCUGUCCCUGGCUUAAGCACUCUCUCGUGCUGAGUCAGCAUUGUGGACAUCCUGGCCAAGGCUGGCCAGGGCAGCACAGUCAGAAUGAAGCAUUGAAGUGCUGGGUUACUGUCAUAGAACGCGACAAGUCAUGGGGGUAAGCCUGGUGUGGGUUUGCCUGGGUGGGCAGGCACCCCAGCUUGGCUCUCAGGGGACUUGAGUUUUCUCUUAGCUGAUGGAAUGCCUUUAGCUCACACGUUUGAACUCCAUGCUGAUCAUUUUGAUUUACCUGAUAGAGGUGUGCUCUCUCGAUGGACAGACUUGGUGUUACUAUUUUACAUGCCAGUGUGGUACUGCAGGUAUAGUCUUGUUUCCUGAAGUCACUCUGCAUCGGUAUGCUCAGGUAGAUUGUGUGUGGCAUGCACGGACACAGCCCGCGGUUCCUUCUCAGUCAGGCUGCUGUCGAAGCCUCCCAAGCUGUCCAGGACUGAGCCACGUGGGAGCUCGGCUGCUGUUGGUCAGGCUUUCCUGGGCAGAAGCAGAGUGAGUGCGCACAGGUGGAGGGCUGGGCGAGGGCUGGAGGGUGGGUGAGUGGCUCAGUGUAGGGUGAGAGAAGGUGGCAGGGACGGAGCUGGAAGGACCCCUUGGAGGCCCCGCUGCGCGGGUUCUACCUUUGUGGGGGUCCUGGGAGCAGGAAGCCGAGUGUUCAGUAGAGGAGUGGGCCCUGGGGCCUGCUGAGGGGUCCAUUCUUCUCCAGCACGCUGGAGUUGUUCAGGAAGAAGUGGCGGUCGCAGGGGGUAGAAUUUGGAACGGGGCCUGGUUGGUUCUUCUUCAACCCCUGCCUGUUAGAAUACUCUUGUGAAAACGCGAUCAAGAGAAACGGGUUCCUGUUGCUGACCCUCAUGUGCCGCGCGGCCAGCCAGAUGCACUCUGUGACAGUGAUGAGGCCCCUCCAUCCGGAGAGCACUGACCCUGCCAGCCGCUGCACUCGUUUCAGCCCCAGUGACCACUCCACACAGUUUUCCUGUAGGGCACUUCUGGUUCCCUUUCAUCGUGAUUGCCCAACUGCUUCCUGUGGGAAGAGGGCACAUGGUCUUGUAAAAUCCCUUGCACCAUUUCGCUGUGUCAGUCAGCACGUCACCUGCGGGCAGUGCAGUAACUGCUGGGACCAGGACCUUGGCCAAGGUCUUUGUUUUCAGCGUUGCACUGUGUGGAGUUUGAAGAUGAUGAGCUGGGAAGGGCGCCCCUGGAGGGCUCCAGCUGGCCAGGGUUGAACUAGAAUAGAAACAUAAGCAUCAGGAAAGCAGAGCUGGACUCACGGUCGUAGAAUAACAAGCAGGCACAAGCAGGGGAGGUGAGUAUCACGGGACAUGCUCGUGGUGGGCGCCCAAGCUCAUGUUGCUCUCUGCACCCUUGAAGGAAGAUGAGGCCCUUGAAGGAAGACUGAUUUCCUUAAAUCAGUACCUGGUAGGAACCCAGCAACCUGCUUAGGGCAGCUGCAGCCAUUCAGGAAGGUGCGCCUCGCCAGGCCUGCUCAGGAGACUGCGGCCUCACUGGGAACCCUGCGGCCCACGGAAAGAACACAGUAAUGAUGCUGGGUAAGGGAGACCUGCCGGAAGGUAGAAUGAGAAUGAGGAGAAAGCCCCGUAACUGUGCACAUGCUCCGUUCCUCUCGUGUCUCGUGGAUGCGGGCAGCACCAGGAUUCCAGAUGCCUGGGAGUCUCCCAUGUGGUUGGUGAGCGAAACAAAACAGGCACUCGCGUUACAGUCCCGCGAGCCAGCAGACCUGGGCUCUGUUCUUACAGGAAAGCUUUGCUUUUCGUGGCAACACUUUCAUAGCUUGUGUGAGUUCCCUUUUUAAUUUAAUGGUUUGAAAACAGUGUUUUUGCACACUUGUGGCUCUGUGUGGUGGUGUCGCCAUAACCAACGCCUGUGCAGCGGCCGUGUGCACUCCCUGUUCCCUGUGGCAUUGCGCAUCUACAGCGUGCAGACCCACACCUCCGUGACUUCCCUCCGAGGGCCUGGCGGUGCUGCGUGCCCCCACGACCUGCCUGUGCCGUGGGCGCCGUGGCCAGGGACAGGCGUCCUGCCUGGGCAGGGAAUUGUCUUACAAACGCUGACCAUGUAACAAUACGUCUACCUUAGCAGAAAGAUUGUUUUCUGUGAACCUGUACAGUCAAUAAAGUGGAAAAG